GAGACUGGGGGUGAGAGGAAAAAUAGAUCAGCCGUGAUGAAUGACAGAGCAGGUUCGAUGGGCCGAAUGAUCUGAUUUUGCUCCUAUCCUUACUGUCUUAUCCAUGUACCUGUCCAAGUGCCUUAUACAAGUUGUUAAUGUACCUGCUUCAACCACUUCUCGGGCAGCUCAUUCCAUGUACAGUACUGAAUACUUCCUGGGUGAAAACAUUGCCUCUCGGGUUCCUAUCAAAUAUCUAUCCCCCACCUUAUUCCUAUGCCCUCGAGUUCUUGAUUUCCUCAACCCUGUGAAAAAGACUUUGCAUUCACUCUGUCUCUGACCUUUAUAAUUAGAAACAGUUCUAAUAUUGCUGGCAUAUGUUGUGAAAUUUGUUGUUAGGCUAUGAAUUACAGUGAGAAGUGUAUAUUUUUUAGUUAAUUUAAGUAAGUAGUGCAAAAAAAGUAGUGAGGUAGUGCUCAUGGGUUCAAUGUCUAUUCAGAAUCUGAUGGCAGACGGGAUGAAGCUGUUCCUGGAAUGUGUGUGUGCCUUCAGGCUCCUAUACCUGCUCCCUUAUAGUAGCAAUGAGAAGACACCAUGACCUUGGUGAUGGGGGUCCUUAAUGUUGGAUGCUGCUUUUUUUGAGGCAUUGCUCCUGGAAGAUGCUCUAGAUGCUGUGGAAGUUGGUGCCCCUGACGGAAUUUAUAACUUCCUGCAGCUUAUUUCGAUCUUGUGCAGUCCCCUCCCCACCUAUCAGAUGUUGAUGCAGCCAGUUAGAAUGCUCUGCACAAUACAUCUGUAGAAAUUUGUGAGUGACUGCUGACAUACCAAAUCUCUUCAAACUCUCAAUGAAAUACAGCUGUUCUUCUAAUUCAUCUAUGCUCCAAUCAAAAGUCCCAGCCUACUCAACCUCCCUCCAUAACUCAGUUUAAUGGAGGCCUGUGAUUGAAUGCUGACUUUCUCUAACAAGACCAGUAGGGAAUACUAUUGAAAAUGGACAGCAGCAGUGACAAUCUCACGCAGGAAAUUGUGCCAUGCCUUUUCAUCAGUGUCCAUCAUCGAGGAAAAAAGGAAGAAGAAGAAGAUGUUUUCAACUUUAUGAAGUUUAAUGAGCCACAAACAUAUGAAGCUCAUGAGAUGGUGACUGUGGGCAGGAAGAACACUUGUAGCAUUCAGCUAAACCAUGGAAGAGUUUCCAGGUUGCAGUUUCAGAUUCAAGCGUUUCUCACAGCUCACAGCUCAGAGCUUCAGUUUGAGUUAAAAAACCUAAGUAACAGGUUUGCACUCUCUAUCAAUGGUCGUAAAGUAAGCUACUUAGAAAAACAGCUGCUGCCUUCAAAAUCUAUACUCCAGUUUACUGAUUUUCAAUUUUACUUGGAACAAGUAGGAGGUGAUUCAGUAUCCAAGUUCGAAGUUGUAAUUAAGAAGGACUCCCCUUCAUUUUUUCAGGUGACAGACAACAAAUAUCCUUCUAAGGUUGUAAUGUCUUUUCCUAAUUUUCAGCAUGAUCCACGGGAACCAAUGGAAGUUGGUGAAGAUCUUGACCAAUACACGUUUUUCUAACAGGAUACUGGACACUUUGCCCUGCUGGACAUUAUAAAAGAUUGUUCCAAAACUCCAAGAAACAAAGUUGAAUCAGAAUAAAUGCAAAAUGCUUUAUAUAAGGGAACCAAUCUGAAGUUAACAAAGUGCAUAUAAUUAAGAUUAUGGCAACAUAAUUUAAAACCUGAUAAAUUUACUGUUUAAAUUUAUGAUAUAUAUAUAUCUUGAGAUAGCAGUUUCAUAUUUGCUCAAUAGGUAAAAUAAGAAACUUAAUAUGUAUGAAGUCAUAAUCACUAAACCAUUAACCACUGCACUGUUGAGCCAUAAUAACUUAUUUGGACUGCCUUGUAUGUUGUACCAUGUACAUGAAUUUUAGUUUUCAUUUGUAGCCCUUUCAGUAGAAUUUAUCCUACAUUUACCUGUAAAGUCCUUUAAUAUUACAAUAUACAUUUUUCAGUUUCAUCAAACGUUAUAUAAAGUUAAAUAAAGAACACUGUAUAUUAGAGGCUUUACUAAGUGGUACACUAUUUUGAUCAAGCAACUUAUUUUGAGUACCGUGUUCUAUUCCAUUCAUGAAAAGAUAGGAGAAAAUUGAGUAGUGAGGAAAGAUGUUAUAACAGCCACAAGGUAAAUCCUUGGUAUUUAAGACCAUAAGACAUAGGAGCAGAAUUAGGCCGUAUGGCCCAUCAAGUGUCCUCCACCGUUUGAUCAUGGCUGAUUCAUUUCCCUGUGAACUGUAUUCUCCUGCCCUAUGCCCCACAGUCUUUCUCACCCUGACUUAUCAAGAGCCUAUCAACCUCUGCCUGAAGUACACCCUAUGACCUGGCCUCCAUAUCCACCUGUGGCAAUGAAUUAAAGUCAUAUAAAGGUACAGCAAAAAAACAGUCCUUUUGGCCCAUCUAGUCCAUGCUGAACCAUUUAAACUGCCUGCUCCCAUCGACCUGCACCGGGACCAUAGCCCUACCAUCCAUGUACGUACCUAUCCAAACUUCUGUUAAACCUUGAAAUUGAGCUUGCAUGCACCCUUGCACCACUUGUAGUUUCCUCUAGGUGAAGAAGAUUUCCCUCAUGUUCCCCUUAAGCUGUUCACCUUUCACCCUUAACCCAUAACCUCUAGUUCUAGUCCCACCCAACCUCAGUGGAAAAAGCCUGCUUGCAUUUACAAUAUAUAUAAUCAUAAUCAAAUCUUCCCUCAAUCUUAUAUGUUCCAAAGAAUAAAGUCCUAACCUAUGAACAUUUCCUUAUAACUCAGCUCCUCCAAUCCUGGCAACAUUGCUGUAAAUUUUUUCUGUACUCUUUCAAUCAUACAGCAGGAUGCUGUUGAUCUCCCAAGUUCUUGAGUUAAAACUGCCAUCAUGUAGCCAGGUUUCUUGUUGACAUAGAGGGUUUCCCUAUGCAGGUGCAGUCCUUAGUACCACCUUUAAAGUAUGAAAAGCUUCCAUAUCUUCUUCAUUAAGAGUCAUAUAGUCAUUGGAGUGCAUGCUGCCUUUCAGCAGACUGGAGAGGGGUGGAGCAAUUUCAGCAUAUGAAUCAACCAUCCUCUGUUGCAGUUGCACAAACCCAGAAAUGAUCGAAGUUGCUGUACCGAUUUUGCUGAUUUAAUAGCCUUUGCACAAUCUUUACUGAUAUCCUGUUUGGCUUGGGAAAUUUUCUGUCCUAAAUAAAUCACUUCCUCUUGUUGCAGUCAAUCACUUUCUCCCAAUCAAUCUAUAUUGGGGAUUGUCAUUCCAACCGGCUGGUAAAUCCUGUUUGUUGUCUCCUAAACUAUCCUGAUCUCGCUGUGUCAACUUAUUUAUUUGCUGAAUUUUUAUCAUUGUAGCUAAAGUUAGAGCAUCAUCAUCUGGAUGCAAUUUGUAUCAACUCUUAAUCAAUUGAAGUUCAGCCCAAGUCUUUAAACUUCAUUUUGUUAGGAUGUGAAAAUUCCCCUGACCAUUUGUCAUUUUUUUCCUGGAUCUGGCAGUUGAUGACAGACUUUCUGUCUGCUUUCAUAAUCUCCUUCAUCAGUCUUGCAUUUUUUCAGUCUUAGUUUUUGCAGGGUCAAAUCUUGGCAUGGCUGCCCAACCAAUUACCUCAUUACUGACAUCAUCACUUGAGCCACUAGGGGUUUCUGUUGAGUCAGUAGCACUUUGCAGUUUCUUGGAGUUCUGAGGGUGUCGCUGUUUCAGGUGAUUAGUCAGUUUUGGCUGCCUUUCGACAUGAUUAACGUCGCCUAUUGGGUUGACUGCACUGCCCAUCAAGGGUCUUUCCUACGCAGCACGGAUUUGCCUCAUCUCAUUUUACAACUAUAAAUAGUGCACUUUGAUACAAACAUACUUUGCAUGCUUUUCCUUUACCUGCUCCAUUAAUGCAGAGAUCUGCUAUUUAGAUUUUUUUAUUGUUUUUUUUCCUUUACUCCCAAUUGGUAAGUCAAAUCAUUUACUUGCUGACGCAGUCCACAGGUUUGACUCUCUAUUUGGCGUGUCCACACUUUAAUGUAUCUAUCUGAUCUUGUAGCUCAUUGCGCUCAGACUUUUGUAGCACUGUUAAGGCCGCUAGAGUCCCAACUGCCUUAUUAGUUCCCAUCCACAACUUUCUGAACUUAUUACAUAUUUCAAUAUCACUUAUAAGCCAAUCCUCACUAGGGAGAAUUGAAAGAACGUUCCUUCCUUCCUUCCUGCUUUACUAAUAAUAGUGGACAAAUUUUCAAAAUGUUUGGAAACCAUCCCAGCAAGAAAAGCUACUGCCACAAACAGAGCCAAAACUCUGAUUAGGGACUAUAUUCCUAGAUGGGAAUUAUGUUGACUGAUGAACAUUGAAUGCUCUUUUCAUUGCCCUCAUCAUCCAGAGUCAUCAAGACAAGUUGGAAGAAUAAAUGGCUUCAUCAAAUAACAGCUGACUAAAUAUCACGAGUUAGGAGUACCAUGCCCUACUGUUUUUCCUUUGGUCUUAUGUAGCAUUAGGACAACUUCAAACAAGAAAACAAAACUGAGUCCAUUUGAAGUGGUGUCACUAUCAGGAGCUCUUAAUCUCAGAUAGGCUGAUAAUGCAUGUUAUGUCAGAUAGUUUGGUUGAUCAUCAUACAAAACUAACACAAGCUGUUUAGUCUGCUUCUCAAAAGGCUUCUGCAGCUUGGAGUGGUCCAUCGGAAGGAGGACUUACCUUGAUUCCUUGCGACUGGGUUCUGGUCAAGAAAAUGCAUGAGGAUCCCUUGGAAUCUCGGUGGGAAUGUCCUUACCAAAUAGUGUUAAUGACCAAUUCAGAAGUUAAGACCAUAAGACAUAGGUGCAGAAUUAGGCCAUCUGGCCCAUUGAGUCUGCACCGCCAUUCAUCAUGGCUGAUCUUUUUUUAUAUAUCUCCUCCUCAACCCCAGUUCCUGGCCUUCUCCCCAUAACUUUUGAUCCCAUGUUCAAUCAAGAACUUACCAAUCUCUGCCUUAAAUACACCCAUUGACCUGGCCUCUACAGCUGCAUGUGGCAACAAAUGCCACAAAUUCACCACCCUUUGGCUAGAGAAAUUACUCCACAUCUCUGUUUUGAAAGGGAGCCCCUCUAUCCUGAGGUCUCUCUAUCCUGAAGGUAAGGUAGAAGGUAAAAUUAGGUGGAUACAUGUCAGCCACUGCAAGCAAGCUGAAGUGUUUCCAGAUUAAGACAAAUACUGUGGGAAGACUUCAAGCUGGAAUAUAAUUAUUGGACAUUGUGGACUUUAUUUUGAUGCUUGUUAUAUUUUUGCCUGUUUCACUUACUCAUGAAAUGACUUGUAUAAGUAUUAACAAAUGUAUCCAAUCAUGAUGCAGUACUAUAAAUACUUCUAAGAAGUAGUUUUUGAUUACUCUGUAAUGUAGAUAUUGAAAGUUUUACCAGCUCUGAAACUUCAGCUGUGAUUCUGUCAGGAUCCCUUGUAGAAUCAAAAGGGGAAACUGCUGGAAUCCACUGUUUUUUUAAAAUACUUUUUAUAAGAUAUUAGAUGAAUUAAUGUACAAGUGAAGUCUUAGUUUAAUCAUAAUUUGUACUUUUUUUUAAUAAACUCAUGCACUUUUCACAGUA